AUGUCAUCUUCCAAAAGUACUUGUUUUACAUUCACCUUUCUACUCUUUCCCCUCUUCUUUCUUUCUAAUCUAUCCCUUUUUCAUCUACAUUCCUGUUCCCUCAAUCUCUAUCUCCUUCUCUCUCUCUCUUUCUCACUCACACACACACGUCUUCCUAUCGUUAGUACUUGUUUUACAUUCACCUUCCUACUUUUUCCCCUCUCCUUUCUUCCUAAUCUAUCCCUUUUUCAUCUACAUUCCUGUUCCCUCUCUCUCUCUCUCUCACACACACACACAUACCUCUUGCUUUUUAUUUCUCCUUAUUUUCUUGGUCUGCUUCCACCUCUCUUUUGUCUCUCUACUUCCAUCAAUCCUUCUCUUUUCUCUCUUUCUCUUGGUCUGGUCGUAUUUAAUUUCUCUCUAUCUGAUUCUGCCCAUUUAUUUAUCAUUUUUACCCAUCAGUCUUCUUAUCGUUCUAUCUCUACUAAUAAUAGUAUAUCUUUCUACCUAUCUAUUACUGCCUGCUCACGUCUAUAA